CGAAUCCUUCUGAAAAGCUUUCAGCCCCCAAGGUGAAUGGUGUCAUUUAAGAGCCGAGUGUCACCAGUGCUUGAAAGCUAUUAAACACGAAGUGCAACUUGGCAGGGUGUGACUCCUCGGUGAUUCUAACAAAACCUGUGUGACAACUUGGGCUUUGGUGAUUUUUAUUUUAUUUUUUUUUUUCCUGCUGCCGCUGUGCGUCACUGAGCCACUUGGCUGUGAGAACGCAAGCACUGCGGUCUAUUCUGGACUCUUCUGACCAGGCGUUUCAGAGUAUCUCCGCAAAAGAGAGAUCGAUCCCAUUGAUAGCGGAGUGUCCAGAUUCAGAUUUGAGCUGAAAACCAGAAGACAGAAGGACUUUCCCGACCAGCUGUAGUCAUCAGUUGAGGAUGCUACAAGUGUUAGCAGAAUGGUUUUGGUGGGAGAGACUGUGGUUUCCAGAAAAUCUGACUUGGUCGGAUUUUGAUGACGACAAAGGCCAUACCUAUGCUAAGGUGUCCCACCUGUACGUCACCUUGCCAUAUGCCGUGGUGUUUAUGGUAUUGAGAUACUUUUUUGAACGGUAUGUGGCGGCACCCAUAGGGAAAGCAGUUGGAAUUAAAGAUGCUGUAAGAAGAAAAGCUGCUGAUAAUCCUGUACUGGAGAAAUACUACAGCAGGCACUCCAAAAUGCCCUCACAGUCGGAUAUUGAAGGGCUGUCAAAAAAGAGCAGCUGCACAGUGAGGCAAGUGGAACGGUGGUUUAGAAGAAGACGAAACCAGGACCGGCCGGGACUGCUGAAGAAGUUCAAGGAAGCAUGCUGGAGGUUUGCAUUUUACCUUUUGGCAUUUGUUGGAGGAAUAGUCGCCCUGUAUGACAAACCCUGGUUUUAUGAUACUAAUGAAGUAUGGAAGCAUUAUCCCCUUCAGUCUAUGAUGCCAUCCCAGUACUGGUAUUAUGUGAUUGAGAUGAGUUUUUACUGGUCCCUCUGUUUCAGCAUCGCUUUUGAUGUGAAAAGAAAGGACUUUAAGGAGCAGAUCAUCCACCAUUUGGCAACCAUUAUCCUGCUGAGCUUUUCCUGGUGUGCCAAUUACAUCCGUAUAGGGACCUUAGUUAUGAUCACCCACGAUGCCUCAGACGUCUUGCUGGAGUCUGCCAAGCUUUUCCAUUACGCCAGAUGGAAGGACAUCUGCGAUGCCAUCUUCAUCUGCUUUGCUGUUGUGUUUAUUGUCACCAGACUGGUGAUAUUUCCAUUUUGGCUUAUCCACUGUACGUGGAUCGGUCCCCUCAAGUAUUACCCACCGUUUUUUGGAUAUUACUUUUUCAACUUAAUGCUGCUGGUUCUGCAAUGUCUACACAUUUUUUGGGCCUUCCUAAUCCUUCGGAUGGUGCAGAAAUUCAUUUCGGGAAAUCUUGAGAAAGAUGAAAGGAGUGAUGAGGAAGAAGAUGAUGACGACACCACAGAUGAAGAUGAACAUCAGCACAAAGUAAAUGGCUUAAUAAAUAAAGAAUGUGCCACCGCCAGUGGUCCAUGUGAUCACUGACAACGAGAAAUGGCCGCGCUGCUUGCCGUCUGGACUUCAGGCCACACUGCAUUGGGCGGGCAGCAGACUGACUGAAAUAAAUAAGAAAUGGAUUAUUUAAGUGUGACGUGAAGCCCCUGGGACUGGGGGGCAGAGGCCAGAAUUUUAAAAACUUCAAAAAACAUGACAUUCAGAAUGUGAAAAGGGGGGAUGUAGGCAUCGUUAUUAUAAAGCACGGGAGCGUCGAUCAAAUUUUCAGCACAAGCAUCAAGAAACAAGUCGAGCAAUAGGACGAUCCAGGAGAGAGAAGAUUCGUGUCCUGCAUGUCGUAAUAUUUACAUCUGGGUGAUAACAUUUUGCGGUCUACAUUCAAUAAUGUAGUCGGCAACAGAGGAUGCCAAGGAGAUCAUUCAUCUUUAUUGGAUCGCCUUCCAGACUGCCAAGGUAAGCAGCACACGCAAACCUUUAUACAGCAGCGUAGCACAACACCGAGUACUUAUUGACAUUAUCGGAGCAUUACGGCUACCAGGGUACUCUUACUGUUAUCUGCGUUCCAUAUCGCAGCUGACUGCAGAGGAUGUAAAGGACGUUCUUCAUCUUUAUCGUAUCCCCUGGCAGACUACCAACGUAACCAGAACCCACAAAUCCUUAUGAAGCAGCCUAGUAGAACACGUUACGUCAUAAGUCUAGAAUUUAUGAUUAUCAUCACAGCAUUAUGGCUACCACGGUGUCUAAUGGAGAAAAUCACUACUACGGUAUUUACAUUCAAUAAUGCUGCUGACCACAGAGGGUACAAGGAGGUCCAAAAGUCCACAGUUAACUAACAGGCGCAAAUGUCUGAAUUACAGCAGUCCAGUGGAGAAAAUUACAACUCCCAUGGAGAGCGAGGUCUGCUGGUCGUGAGGUCCUGAAGGAUGAAGGGUUUUUCAGCCAAAGAUACAACAACACUGCAAAAUUCCAUCACCGAAACAUCUGCCAGUGCCAGAUGGACAUCGAGACCACAACCCCAGAAUGUGUUACAGGAAAUGAGGCGUCAGUCACUUGGGACACACCAACUGGACAUCUUUAUUAAAGAAACGAGAGGCCAACGGAGCCUGAAUGACGGGUUCAGUCCCAAGUGAUAACUCGUUGCUCAGAUCAGAGAGAAAACUAAAGCUGAUAAAGCGAUAUAAAAAGAUACGCAAAACUGGGCCAAAGGUGCUGAGGUACACAGGGCUACUUCCAGGCCCAUCUUGACAUCCUACUAGUUAAAAUCAAAAGAAAACCUCCGUGGAUGUACAGUAGACAUUACACUGCAGUCCUGUUACUUCAUUCCACAGCCUGCUGCAAAACGGUGAAUGGGAGUGUAUGGAUGGCACGACAGAAAAGCCACUUGACUUGACAAGACUUGAAAAAGGAGGCACAAUGCAGUUACCACGCCACGCCAAGCCCACCCUGCAAAUGAGAGCGAAAAAGCGGAAACGGCAGCACAACAUCACUUCAUGACAGACAGAUGAGGGAAGACCACACCACCCAGGAGACGUUAACCCUGAGGGAACAUUCCAGAAGAAAAGCUGCACCCACUUGGCGUUUCAAAAUAAGAGCCACCACCUCAUGCAAUAUGUCCCACCACUAGAAGUACCAGUGAGCCAAGGGAUUUGAAAACUCCAGUGUAUGGCCUCUUUUAGUCACCUAGAGUAUGUUUUACAAUUUACAUAUUUAAUCUUUAAUUAUUUUUAUUUAAGACAAAAUAGUAAAUAUUACAAUGUUAUGACCCUAAUGUAUGUAUUUUUGCUGUCAUUUCAGUGGAGUGUAUUUCAGUUUUAGAUUACUUGAAGAUAUCACUGCAAUGACAUUUCACUCCAGUUUACUGAAGAAAAUAAAGUUAUGGAAUAAAUCUAUGAAGAUAA